AUGAUUCGGCUCCGUCAUCUCCGUCUCCGUCUUCAACUUCCCUUUGAAAAUCAACACAAAUGUGAGAGAAAAUGCAUUUCAAGUGCUAGGGAAUUCGAAAUAAAAUUUAUUGAGGUGGAGUAUAGUCGUUUCCUUAAUGGAGCAUCUAGUGUUUCUGAAUUCAUGCCCAGAUGGUCCCGUGCACUACUGGAUGGUCAUAGCAUCCGCUGCCAUUCAAAACGACCUCUUGGGAUCACUGCAGAAGAUAAAAUGUCGAGAAAUUCCAUUAGUCAGGAAGCUGAGAGAUUCCUUCUUGAUGCCAUUAACCUGAGCUUCUUCGAUCGUUUGAACUUGGCUUGGAAGAUAAUGUUCCCAUCUCCUACAUCAAUAAGGAACUCCAAUGCAAUGGUUGCCAAGCAACGGUUGAAGAUGAUUCUCUUCUCUGAUCGAUGUGCAGUUAGUGAUGAAGCAAAACAGAAGAUAGUGAGCAACAUUGUGAGAGCUCUAUCAGAUUUUGUGGAGAUAGAAUCACAAGAUAAAGUUCAACUGUGUGUGUCUACAGAUUCAGGCCUCGGUACUGUUUACUCUGUCACAGUACCUGUCCGGCGGGUGAGACCAGAGUACCAAGCUGAGGAAGAAAUUGGAGCCAUAACAAACAUCGAGUAUAAAGGUGCUGGAGAAAGUUCUGGUUCUGUUGAUGUCAAGUUUGAUUUCUAUGUUCCAAAUGAAAAGUUCAACGAUUUUAGCGUGUGA